AUGAAAGUAGAUCAUGGUAAAAAAGAGGAUCACCAUGUUGAUGACUGUGAGUUUGAGUUUGAGUGUGGUUCGAAUGAUGAUUUGAGCGUGGAUGGUCAAUCGAGUCGAUCUCAAGAAAUGGAGGAAGAGCAGCUGUUGGCAACCACCAUGAGCACUUCCUUUCUUCAUACAAUUCCGGAAGGCAGCAGUGACAUUGUAGGACCUGGCAUGUUGAAUCCUGCUAAUUUGGCAAACUUGAACUUGUCAGUCACACAUGCACAUGCACAGUCACAAAAAGCUCCCACUUCCAUUGCAGGCACUGCUGGAUUGGGAGCAUCAGUGUCAGCAUCAGCUUCAGCUUCAGUCAAGCAGACCACUGGCAGUCCACACACUGCCAGUGAGCUGCAUCAUGAUCAUGACCUGGAUCAGGACACUUACAUGUAUGGUGGUCAUGGUCAUGACAAACACACACACAAACACAAAAGGAGGACCAGGAGUCCUUCUUUCUCCAGCAAGAGAAAACUGGGCAUUGUCUGUUCUGUCACUCUAUUGGUGGUCAUGUUGGUGGUUUUGAUUCUCGUCAUGAUUGUGCACAAUCUAGAUCAUGACAAUGACAAUGACAACAACCAAGCAUACAAUGACACCCACCCUGGUACCAACACCAACACCAGCAACCACACAGACUUUUCUUCUGAUCCAAAUCACAUUGACUUGGUGGGAAUGGACAACCAAACCAAUUCCACCUCAAUGGAUUCAAGUCAAAAUCAAGGCAUCAAUGACACUGACCAAACUCAAACUCAAAAUGAACAACAGAAAACACCCUCCUUGGCACCCACUGCAGAAGGAACUCUCUUUGCAACUGCCAGCAUCAACGACAAUCCAAACAUUGAUGAUAUUCUCGCAGAUGAUGGCUUGUUUGCUGAUGAUGAUGCAACUGCCACCGGGAUACUCGACCUACUGGAUCAAGCCAUACUCAAUCUAUACACUUCAGAUGAUCCAAGAUUCAAUGUACUCGCUGACGUAUCAGACCAAGUCUUUGGCGAUCCACAAUCACACAGAUACCAAGCCAGAGCAUGGCUACUCAACAAUGACACACUCCUACAAAACACACUCAGUACCACUAUCACUCUGCAGAGAAUUACACAACGAUACAUCAUGGCUCUUUUCUACUUUGCAACCCUACAACAAACAAACCAAGACAACAACAACAACAACAACAACAACAACAACAACAAACUACUACGACGAACAACAAGAAGAAUCCAAAACACAAACACCAUCAAAUUCAACAUUCAACCCGACAUUCACGAGUGCUACUGGAUAGACAAUGCCUGUGGGCAGGAAGGAUCCACGAACAAUGCGCUCGCCACUACGCAAACUGCAACUACCACUACCAACGUUGAAGAAGACACACCCAUUGUAUACCUAAACAUUUCAGAUGCUGGACUCAAAGGAACACUACCAUUCGAACUAGGAUACCUCACCGAGUUAAGGGAACUUUGCAUACACAAAAAUCAACUACAGGGAACCGUUCCCGAACUCAUCUUCGCACAGCUACAGUACCUUUACGUCGUCGACUUGUCACAAAACUACUUUCAGGGAAACAUACCAACUGCCAUUUGGACACUACCCACUCUAAGAUUCGCAUACCUACAUGGAAACGCAUUCACCGGAACUGUGCCCCAAGAACUAACAACAAACCCAUCCUCUGAUCUGGAAGAAAUAUGGCUCAGAGACAAUCAACUCACUGGAGGCAUCCCGCAAUGGUGGACCACUCUCCCAAACUUGGAUGUGCUCAGCGCAAGCAACAACUCAUGGACUGGACAUAUACCAUCUGACUGGUCACAGGCACAAAGCCUCGUUUUCUUGGACGUGUCUGUAAACCAACUCACGGGAACCAUACCACCAUCCCUACUCUAUUCCGUGCCGUCGCUACAGUUCCUCUACCUCGAUUACAACCAAAUCGCCGGAACACUACCCACGAUUGCUGAGAAUGCUCACGAAUUCGACUUUGCCGUCUCCAUUAGCAGAUCAGAUCGCAGAAUGGAAGUACUUUGGCUUCAAAAUAACCAACUAUCCGGAGUCAUCCCCAAUGGAUUUGCGCGGGAAUUCAAACGACUCCGCCAACUAGAACUACAAGGAAACAAACUCGAAGGAACUUGGGAAUGCGUCGAACCAGGAACCGGUGAUGAUGUUUGGCCGCAAUUGCAGGAACUAUCACUGGAUUGUCGCGCUGACCUAACAACAACAAGCGUCGAAAAUUUCGGGACAAAGGAUUCUGGCGCCAAUGCGUCGUCUGGAGUUGAUAUGAGUCUUUGUGACGUAUGCUGUAUUCGAUGCUUUUGA